GCCGUCUCCCAUCCCUGUGGAGCGCUUCUUCCCCGGGACCUGUCCCCGUCCAUAGACCUCCGGCCCUGUAGCAGUCCUCUGGAGCUAAGCCGUGCCAAGGCCGGUGAUGUGUCCGCCUCGUCCUCCAGCCGGCCGGUCCAAUGCAGACUGCCCCCCCGCCUGGCCUGGUGCAGUAUAGACUGGGAGCAGGUGCGGGUCCUGGAACCGCUGGGCUCGGGGGGGUUCGGCUCCGUGUACCGGGCCACCUACCGUGGCCAGACGGUGGCUCUGAAGAAGGUGAAGCGGUGCAGCAAGAACCGGUUGGCGUCCCGGCAGAGUUUUUGGGCCGAGCUGAACGCCGCCCGCCUCUGCCACCCGCACGUGGUCCGCGUCCUGGCCGCCAGCGCCUCCUGUCCCGGGGACCCCGGCAGUCCCGGCACCAUCAUCAUGGAGUACGCCGGCAGUGGCACCCUGCACCGCCGCCUCUACGGCCGGGGCCCCCCACUGGGGAGAGCCUGCUGCCUGCGCUACGCCCGCCACAUAACGGACGGUCUCCGCUUCCUGCACCGGGGCGGCGUGGUGCACCUUGACCUGAAGCCAGCCAACGUGCUGCUAGAUCCGGGGAACGUGUGUAAGAUCGGGGACUUCGGCUGCUCGCAGAGGCUGAGGGAGGACGGCGGGGGAGAUUGCAGUACCCAGCUCCGCCACCUAGGGGGCACCUACACCCACCGGGCGCCCGAGCUGCUCCGCGGAGAGUCGGUCACCGCCAAGGCGGACAUCUACUCGUUCGCGGUCACCUUGUGGCAGAUGGUGACCCGGGAGCUGCCCUACACCGGGGACCGCCAGUGUGUGCUCUACGCCGUGGUGGCCUAUGACCUGCGCCCGAAGAUCGGACCAUCCUUCCUGGUGACUGAGGAGGGCAGGGCGGCCAGGGACAUCGUACAGAACUGCUGGGCUGCCCGACCCGAGAAUCGACCCAGUGCCGAGGAACUGCUGCACAGCAUUAGCCUCGUACAGUCCCUGGAACACAGUCCCCAAUGCGAUAAAACUUCUGAGCUCUGUAUGGGGGACAGCAGAGACUGUCCGACCCCAGCACACACCGCUUGUCUGCCUGCAGGACCUCUCCUCCUGACCACCACUGGAGAUCCAGAGAACAGACCUCUACAUGGUCCUCAUAGUCCUUGA